AAAAAACUUUUUUUCCCACCGCCGUCGUCAGAUAAAACGCCAUUUUGCAUGUGCAAACGGUUUGCGGUCUCGAAGGGCAGAAAAAUGUUUUCGCUUGUGGAAAAGCGUAGUUUUUCGUGAAAAUUCGUGCCGCUAAACGUUUCCGGACGUGGUGCCGUAGCUGGCGUGCGACUUGGUGGUGAAAUUUGCGCGGAUUGUGACGGAUUUGCCGGUGCGCGUUGGGAAGAAAAAAGGGGUUUGGUUUUGAUUUUUGACUACUGAAAGGGCAGUAAUUUGGAAAAAUCUUCCAAGAUGAUGUUCACGGGCACCAACCAGCAGCAGGACACUCGCUUCAGUGACAAGGAGAAAAAACUGUUGAAACAGAUGAAGUUUGGGGACAACCUCAACAAGCGGGUGGACAUGUCCAAGGUCAAGCUGGACGUUCUGCGGCCCUGGAUUAGCAAGAAGAUCACCGACAUGCUGAACAUCGAGGACGACGUGAUCGUGGAGUUUGUGUACAACCAGCUCGAGGAGGAAAAGUACCCGUGCCCGAAGAAGAUGCAGAUCAACAUGACCGGCUUCCUGAACGGCAAGAACGCGCGCGUCUUCAUGGAUGACCUCUGGUCGCUGCUGCUGUCGGCGCAGGAAUCCGAGUCGGGCAUUCCGGCCGAGUUUAUCGAGCAGAAAAAGGAGGAGAUAAUGAAGCGCGAAGAGGACGCCAAGCUGCUGGACGAGAUACGUUCGCGCAAGUCUCGCAGCCGCGGCGGAAGUCGCGAUCGGGGUGGAGAUCGCGGCGGUGAUCGCGGCGGUGAUCGUGGAGGUGAUCGUGGAGGCGAUCGUGGUGAUGAUCACAAAAAGUUCAAGAAGGAAAACCGCGCCAUGUACAAGCCGGAACCGGAAGAGUACCUGGACGACGAGGAAAAGAUGAUUGAGGACUUCAUCGAGGCGGACGUGCCGAGGGAUAAGCCGGAACCGAAGGAAGAACCGAAAGCAACGCCGGCGACAGCCGCCGACAAGGCCGCUUCCGCGGAGCGGAACUCGUCGAACGCGAAAAAAUCCCCGGAGAAGCCGGCGAAGGACGCGGCGGACCAGCGCCACCACCGCAAGCCGGAAGAACACUCGGACCGGGACCGCUCGCGUCGUAAGACAUCACGAGAUCGUUCCAGAUCGCGACGCCGCUCGCGCGAUAGACGCUCCUCGCGCGAUCGGAAGUCGUCGCGUGAUCGGCGUCGUUCGCGAUCCCCCAGAAGAUCGACGGAUCGGUCCAAGAAGCGCAGCCGUUCGCCCCGAGAUAAACGGGAUCGCGAUGCGCGUCCUCGCGACAGUGGCCGGAAGCGCUCGCGCAGUCCACCGAGAGCCAAAAAGGUUCCUCCGCCCAGUGAGAAAUCAUCCGAUAACGGGUCCAUUUCGAAGCUGCAGUCGAAGCUGAUGAACAUUGCCGAGGGCAAAAAGCCGGCAGCUGGCAGUGGCGGUGGUGCCGUCACUAAACGGCGCAGCCGCUCCCGCUCGACGUCCCGUUCGCGGUCCAAGUCCCGUUCGGUCAGCAAGAAGAAGGCCAGCACCAGCCGGUCGCGCUCCAAGUCCCGGUCCAGAUCAAAAGACCGCAAGGCGCGCAAGUCCCGCUCCCGUUCGCGUCGAUCGCCCAGCUCGUCUUCGUCCCGCUCUUCGUCCAGCCGCAGCCGCAGCGGUGGCGAUCGCAAGAAGAAACCCACCGCUGGCGCGGCCAAGAAACGCAACGGAAAAUCGCGCAGUCGGAGCCGCAGUCGGGCGCGUGGUGGCACUUCCCGCUCGCGGUCUCAUUCGCGCAGCAGCCGGUCCACGUCGCGACCGGCGAAGAACGAUGACUUUGAGAUCCAGAAGAAGGAGAACAGCAUCCAGAAGAAGCGCCACUACCGGACCAACAAGGAGUCGUCGGAUUCGGAGUCGGACCGGGGACCGGCGAGGAAAUCGGACCGGGGACGCGAUCGUCGGUCGCUCUCGCGAGGCGGUCGCAGGAACGGUUCCCGCGGAAGGAAGGAUCGUUCGAGGUCGCGCAAUCGAUCGCGGUCCAGAAAUCGGUCCCGGUCGAGGAAGCGCUACUCCCGUUCACCACGUGGCGGCGACAGAGGAGGACGCUCAAAUCGCGGUGGAGGUGGCCGCGCGGCCGAACCGAGAAGAAGUCGCGAACGUCGUCGCUCUCCGGCAGCAGCACCGGCUCCCCGAGAUGAUCGCCGUGGUGGUGGCGGCCGUGGAAAUGAUCGCGACAGCCGAGGCAAUCGCGGCGAAGGAGGUCGCGACUUUGGUGGGAGUGCUCGUCGUAUCGAUAGUCCUCCACCAGCGAGUCGAGACUUUAACCGGCGAGCUUCACCACCGCGUGGUGAGAGACAGCAGCAGCAGCAACAGCAACCAGCACCGGUGCAGCAGCAACAACAGAUGCAGCAGCAGCAGCAGCCGCCGAUGAGACCACCGACGUCCCGGUUUGACGAUAGGCGUGGCCCCGUGGACAAUGGUGGGGAUGGAAGGAAGCGGGAUAACACGCUGGAUUCUGGAGAGUUCUGGGAUGACGGGGGUAGCGCUCCGAUGCUGUCGCAGAUUAAGCCCGGAAGGGAGAAGAAGUCUUCGUCGGAGGUGGCACCGGUUGAGGAGUCCAGAAGGUCCUCGAAAAAGCAUGAAGCAGCAGCUGGCAAGAAGGUCGAAGCUAGUCGAAGAGAGGUCGCGGCCAAGACGGAGGAAAAGAAACCGAUUAUUCGGGCAAAAUACAGCAGAAGUCUGUCCCGAACUCCGUCACCGUUCCUCAAGUCACACGAACGGGUCGCCGGGUCCACAAACAACGUGGCUGCUCCGGUGGCGGUGGCGGCGGCUCCACAGAAGGAAGAAAAGAUUGCGGGCAAGUCUGCGGCUGCGGCACCAGCUGCGAAUAGCAAGCCAAAAGCCAAAACCAGCAGCAAGAAGGACUCGAGCGACAGCGAUAGUUCCGACAGCAGCAGUGAAUCAGAGGAUGAGAAAUCCUCGCGCAACAACAAGAAAAAACUAAAGAAGAAACAGUCGUCGUCGUCGUCGAAAAAGCGACGCCACUCGUCGUCGUCCAGCGAGGAUGACUCUUCGGAAGACAGCGAGGACGAACCGCCCAAGAAGCCUGCCAAGUCAGAUGCGGCUCAGGAAGAUCGCAAAAAGUCCGCUGCCGCAGCCGCCAGGCUCGAGAAGGAAAAAGAGCGCGAAAAGGAGAAGGAACGCGCGGAACGUGAAAAGGCAGAAAAGGAAGCUGCGGCUGCGGCCGCCGCCGCGGCAGCAACAGCAGCAGCAGCCGUUAAAGCACGUGACGAAAACAACAAAAAACGAAAGCGUACUAUCAGUGGCGAAUCGAAAACCGUCGAGGACAAGAAGCAACCUGCCGCGUCGAAGGAAGUCGCCGUCAAGUCGAAAAAGGUAGAAAAGCCGGCCGCGGUCUCAUCAUCGUCCUCGAGCGACUCCGAGGCGGAACGGGCCAAGAAGAAGCGACGCAAGGACAAAAAGAAGCGAGUGGCGGCGGCCUCGGACGGAAGUUCCUCCGACUCGGACAGUGCCGCGAAGAAAAAGAAACACAAAAAACACAAGAAGCAUGUCAAGAAGCACAAGAAACACAAGAAGCAUAAGAAGAGCGGCAAGGGCAAGCCGUCCCGGGGAGACAGCAGCAGCUCGUCCGACGACGACGACGACGAUGAGCAGAAGAAGCCGCAGCGAACGACGAAGGGAGGCGUCGUGGUCAACGACGACCUGGAGAAGCAGCUGCGCGAGCGUGCCCUCAAAUCGAUGAAGAAGCAGCAGAGCAUCUCCGACUGAGACCGGUAUCGGGGGGUCUCCCGCGAGCGGCACCAUCCGCCGCCACCGCCGGGGCCCCCGAGAUCCUACGGUAAGCAAAAAUUUUAUCAUUAAAACUAGCUGAUUAAGAUCCUCCGUAGUACCACGAUUCAGAGCGUAAUGGUAUCAUACAAUUGUAAUAUUUCAUAGUUGCAAAUCCAUUCUGGAUGUGGGUUGCUUACAACAAUUAGACUAUUAAGUGCUAUUUCGAUUACUUUCAAUAAACAGUUGAAAAAGAAAUUUUAGUUGUGUAAGCAAAACAAUUCUAUUGAGAAUAACAAAAAACAACACUUCUGUUUGACACUUAACAAGGAAUGGACUUGCAAGUAUGUUUAUUGGUUAAGUCCUACUGAUUAAAAAUAGAUAUUGUUCAAGUACACACACAAUCACAAUCUUUGUUUUAAUUCAAUAAAGUCACAAUGAAUUAGCGUAA